GUAUUAGUCAUCUAACCCCUGAGGUGGAGGGGACCGAAACCGAAUAAUUUUGAUUUUAGACAAUUCUAAAUUAGUUAUAUUUAUAUUUUGUGUGUUAAAACAUUGCAAACUUUUAUUUAUUUGUAAAAAAUGUCGAAUAACAAUAGUUAUAGAACGGUUUACGCUUUUGCUAGGGAAAUGUAUCCAAAGAAAAAAGACUCGUUUUUGCAAUAUGGGACAGCAGGUUUUAGAACAAAAGCUACUGAGCUACAUCAUGUAAUGUACAGAAUGGGAUUGUUGGCUGUGCUGAGAGCAAGGUACAAAAAAGCUGUAGUAGGUGUUAUGAUCACUGCUUCCCACAAUCCUGAAGCAGAUAAUGGAGUGAAAAUAAUUGAUCCGCAUGGAGAAAUGCUGGAAGAAAGCUGGGAAACUUGGGCAACCAAAUUUGCCAAUGUUGUGGAUGAAAAAUUAGAAGAUACUAUAAACGAAUUGAUAAAAGUGUUCAAUAUAGACAACAUGAACGAUAGGGUGGAAGUUGUCAUCGGAAAAGACACCAGACCCAGUAGUCCUGGUUUAGCUAAAGCAGUCCAAGAUGGUGUAUUAGCUUUGUCGGGAAAACCCAUAGAUUAUAAUAUAGUAACUACUCCACAAGUCCAUUAUUUUGUAGUUUGUAAAAAUACUAAUCGAGCUUACGGUCAACCGACUGAAGAAGGCUACUACCGAAAAUUAAUCAACGCUUUUUUGAAGGUGAGGGGGGAUAAUUAUAACACAGGAAAUUAUGAAAAUAGACUGAUGUAUGAUGGUGCUAAUGGUGUAGGUGCUAAGAAGGUGAAAUUUUUGAAAGAGGUGCUAAAGGAUAGUCUCCUUUUAGAAAUGUAUAAUGAUGAAAUCAUCGGAUCCGGAAAAUUGAAUCAUUUAUGUGGAGCCGAUUAUGUCAAAUCGCAACAAAAAUUCCCUAACGGACUUCCCAAGGAGAAAAACACUCGCUGUUGUUCUGUAGAUGGAGAUGCCGAUCGUAUUGUUUAUUAUUAUUUAGAUGAUAAUGAAAAGUUCCAUCUGUUAGACGGUGACAGAAUCGCUACUUUGGCCGCUGCUUAUCUCAAAGAAAUUUUACAAAAAACUGGUUUGAAUUUGAAAAUCGGUUUGGUACAAACCGCUUAUGCCAAUGGAGCUUCCACUGAGUAUAUAUCCAAAAAUUUGAAUGUACCUGUGGCUUGCGCAUCAACUGGAGUAAAACAUUUACAUAGAUUAGCCUUAACUUAUGACAUAGGUGUAUAUUUUGAGGCUAAUGGACACGGUACCGUCGUAUUUAGUGAUGAGGCUAAGAAAGCGUUGGCAACUGCCUCAAAAAGUGACAGUCGAUCUACUGAACAGAAAAUGGCUUGUAAUAAAAUGUUGAAUUUAAUAGAUUUAAUAAAUGAGACUGUAGGGGACGCCAUAUCCGAUAUGUUGUUGGUCGAAACAAUAUUACACGAAAGAGGUUGGAACGUUAAACAAUGGGAGGAAUGCUAUACGGAUUUACCGAACAAAUUAAUGAAAAUCACCGUCAAAGAUAGGAACGUGAUCACAACAACCGACGCUGAACGAAUAUGCGUCACGCCGAAUGGUCUCCAAGACGAAAUCAACUCCAUAGUAUCAAAAUAUACAAAAGGAAGAUCCUUCGUCAGACCAUCGGGUACUGAAGAUAUAGUUCGGGUUUACGCUGAAGCCGCUACAAUAGAACAAGUCGAUAAACUAGCUAAUGAAGUGGCUAAGAAAGUUUACGAAUUAGCUGGCGGUAUAGGACCUAUACCGGAAUGACUCAAUUUUAAAAGUGUAAUAAGUAAUUAAUCUAGAGCAAUCAAGUCAGGAAUAUUCGAUCACUAAUUCACCGAAGGUAAAUAAAUAUGUAUACCUAACUUGCUUAUUAAACUUGAAUGGAUUAUUCGCAUCGAUAAUUAUUUUGAAAUUUGAGUCUGGUUUUCAUUUAUCAUCAACUGCAACCAAAAGCCACUGGCCAAUAUCGAGUUUUUUUUUCUUUAGAUUCUCCCAAUAGGAUCAUAUCCUUUUUAUUCUGAAUAUAUAGGCUCUUCUUGUAUUUGGUUUCCGUUUUUUUGUUGAUAUAUUUUUGAAUUGUUUUUAGAUUAUUCAUCAAAUAUUAUUUUAAAAAAAUAUAUUGACUUUAAGUAAUAUUACUAAGCAGCUUAAAAGCUUGAUUCGUUAAGAUAUACAGGUGAAUAAAAAAAUGAGUUUAGAGAACCUUUAAAGGCUAAUCUUUAUAGAUUUUAAUAAAAAGUGAUUCUAGAUGUGGCCUUAGUUUGUUCGAAUUAUCCAUAGUUUUGGUUCAACUUCCCAGGUGGCCAGCUUUACCUUAGUCCUAUUAUACCAUUUUUUUUAAUUAUAUUUAGCCUCUUCCUGAGUUCUGCUCAAACUACAACUCUCUUAUAAUCUUUUUGGUGGUAUGUCUUAAUUUUUUUUAUAUGUUUGGU